AUGGCUAAGGAGAAGAAGGCUGGCGGUGGCAGCACCAAGAAUGACGGCGGUAAAAAAGGGGAGAAGAAGCCGAAGGAUACAUCAGGUGGCUCUGGCUACACUAAGGUAAAGGUGCGGCACAUUCUCUGUGAGAAGCAUGGCCGUGCACUUGAGGCGCUGAACAAGAUUAAAGAGGGUGCAAACUUUGCCGACGUGGCACGAGAGUACAGCGAGGACAAGGCGCGCAGCGGUGGCGACCUCGGGUGGAAGCUGCGCGGCGAGAUGGUGGGCCCCUUCCAGGACGCCGCCUUCGCCCUGCCAAAGGGCGGCAUGACAGAGGAGCCGGUGCGGACGCAGUUUGGUUACCACAUCAUUCUUGUGGAGGACAAACAGUAG